AUGCCUCUCGUCCUCCCCAACCAGAACCCAGGCCCCUCCACCAAGACGGAGGAGUGGCAGAACAAGCUCGUCGGCAAGACGCUGAAUGAGACGGCUACAAACGAGACGAACUUUUGCAAGCGCGACCUUCCCGAGUUCACGCGCAUCAUCAAGCCCGGCUCGGUCAUCACCAAGGACUUGAGGGAAGAUCGUCUCAAUGUUCACGUUGAAGAGGAUGGCGUUGUCACGCACGUCUACCACGGAUAG